GCAACUUCGAAGCAGAAUACAUUAGUGUAUCUGGUAAUAUAUUAAAUCUUUUACUUUAGACUUUCCGCAAACAUUGACAUAAUUUAAUUUUCCUGGAGAAUCGACAAUAUUCGGACAAAUUUGGACGAACUAGGUACUACCUACUGUUCGGUUCAGACAACAGGCAUACCACAAGUGCUAGAUACAGCCUCGCCAACCCCCUUGUCACUAGAAGUAGCUACACAAUGGAAGUGGUUAUCGAUGAACCAAUACAGCUCUCAUUUCCUUUACCACGGUCAUUAGAUACCAUGAUUCAUCUGCGCUUGACCAUUAAAUCCAAGGUUAUUCUGUUGUUUGUCACCACAGUAGCUGCGGAUGAACAAGAUAAUGCGGCUCCAAUGGGAUCUUUCGUCUAUGCCCUACCUGACAAAUAUAAUCCAACUCAACCACUUUCAACAACAAUAUAUUCUGUGGAACCAACAAUAGAGUUCACAACUCGGUUAGCCAAAAUAUUGGCUAAGAAGACGCAGAUGCCUGUCUAUGUCGGCAACUCUGUCAGCUUUGCUAAUACUGGACUGGGUGGAACGGUGGAAGAGGAGAUGGAGGCCUUGAAAAGAAUUGUCGAGGUCUCAUUUGAAAAGCUUCAGGGUGUCAUCGGGUCGCCUGACGCUUUACCAAACGGAACUAGUACCCCAUAAUACCGUCAGCAUCAUUCUCGAGAAUACCACAUCAUGCCUUCUUGAGAAAGUACGAACGCCACUAUCAUACUAAGAACUAGGACUCGCACAAUCGGAAGCACACACGCUUUAUGGCUCACAUGAAAUCAGCAAGCAUCAAUGUUUGGGGAAAUGGAUUGUCAUUACCCGCAAAGCAUUAUCGCAUCGAUUUCGAGCCAUCAUAUAGUUGACUAUUUGCACUCCAUGAGUACCUAGGUUUUACGGAUAUCUUCCAUGAUAUCCGGAGAUAUCACACUCU